UUUGGCCAUAAAUAACAAUUACUUCCUGCUUGUUGCCUUUUCCUCGCAAAUGUAACCUCAUUUCACUCAAAUGACCCAGUGGCUCUUGACAUAAACUCACACGCUAUCUACAAACUCAAGACUACUGAGCUUAAAGUCACAUGAAAAUGUGGGGUUUAUUCCUGACCACGAUUCUACUUGUGAUUGGGGCACAGGCAGGACCCCUAUAUUUCCAACCUCAUGACUUCUCUCCAGACAAAUACUCCAAAGAGAUUGUCAACUCUGGCCAGCCCUUGGAUAAAACUCUCUGUCCUGGUGGAAGAUUGUCCUGCCCUAACAGUAACACAUGCUGUAAACUUGCAUCAGGAGAAUGGGGAUGCUGUCCUAUGAGGGGGAGUGUGAUUUGCCCUGAUAAUGAAUCCGAAUGCCCUGAUGGCUAUACUUGUUGUAGAUUGGAUGGGGAUGACAAGUAUGGAUGUUGUCCUCUUCCCAUGGCCGUCUGCUGCAGUGAUGGCACCCAUUGCUGUCCGUCUGGUUAUACUUGUGAUGUUUCUGCUGGAACCUGCACCAAAGGACACAUUAUGCUCCCAUGGGUUAAGAAGGUUAAGGCCGUUGUAAAGAGUGUUAUUUGCCCCGAUGGACAAUCUGAAUGCCCCUCUGGAAACACAUGCUGCAAGCUCUCCUCUGGACAGUACGGUUGUUGCCCACUCCAAAGGGCAGUCUGCUGCAGUGACGGCACCCAUUGUUGCCCCGCAGGAUAUACAUGUGAUGUCUCUUCUGGAACGUGCAGUAAAGGAGCUGAGAAAAUUGCCUGGUUAGAAAAGGCAAUGGCUACAGUAAAGAAUGUGGUAUGCCCCGAUGGACAGUCUGAAUGCCCCACUGGAAACACAUGCUGCAAGCUCUCCUCUGGACAGUACGGUUGUUGCCCACUCCCCAAGGCAGUCUGCUGCAGUGAUGGCACCCAUUGUUGCCCCUCAGGAUAUACAUGUGAUGUCUCUUCUGGAACUUGCAGUAAAGGAGCCGAGAAAAUUGCCUGGUUAAAAAAGGCAAUGGCUACAGUAAAGAAUGUGGUAUGCCCCGAUGGACAGUCUGAAUGCCCAACUGGCAGUACAUGUUGUCAUCUUAAUAAUGGACAGUACGGUUGUUGCCCAUUCCCCAAGGCAGUCUGCUGCAGUGAUGGCACCCAUUGUUGCCCCUCAGGAUAUACAUGUGAUGUCUCUUCUGGAACUUGCAGUAAAGGAGCUGAGAAAAUUGUGUUGAUCAAGAAAGUGUCAGAUACCGUUAAAUUGGUAAUCUGUCCUGAUGGACAGUCUGAAUGCCCCGAUGGAAACACAUGCUGCAAGCUCUCCUCUGGACAGUAUGGUUGUUGCCCACUCCCCAAGGCAGUCUGCUGCAGUGAUGGCACCCAUUGUUGCCCCUCAGGAUAUACAUGUGUUGUCUCUUCUGGAACGUGCAGUAAAGGCGCUGAGAAAAUUGCCUGGUUAAAAAAGGCAAUUGCUACAGUAAAGAAUGUGGUAUGCCCUGAUGGACAGUCUGAAUGCCCCUCUGGAAACACAUGCUGCAAGCUCUCCUCUGGACAGUACGGUUGUUGCCCACUCCCCAAGGCAGUCUGCUGCAGUGAUGGCACCCAUUGUUGCCCCUCAGGAUAUACAUGUGAUGUCUCUUCUGGAACUUGCAGUAAAGGAGCUGAGAAAAUUGCCUGGUUGAAAAAGACAAUGGCUACAGUAAAGAAUGUGGUAUGCCCCGAUGGACAGUCUGAAUGCCCCUCUGGAAACACAUGCUGCAAGCUCUCCUCUGGACAGUACGGUUGUUGCCCACUCCCAAGGGCAGUCUGCUGCAGUGAUGGCACCCAUUGUUGCCCCUCAGGAUAUACAUGUGAUGUCUCUUCUGGAACUUGCAGUAAAGGAGCUGAGAAAAUUGCCUGGUUGAAAAAGACAAUGGCUACAGUAAAGAAUGUGGUAUGCCCCGAUGGACAGUCUGAAUGCCCCUCUGGAAACACAUGCUGCAAGCUCUCCUCUGGACAGUACGGUUGUUGCCCACUCCCCAAGGCAGUCUGCUGCAGUGACGGCACCCAUUGUUGCCCCUCAGGAUAUACAUGUGAUGUCUCUUCUGGAGCGUGCAGUAAAGGCGCUGAGAAAAUUGCCUGGUUGAAAAAGACAAUGGCUACAGUAAAGAAUGUGGUAUGCCCCGAUGGACAGUCUGAAUGCCCCUCUGGAAACACAUGCUGCAAGCUCUCCUCUGGACAGUACGGUUGUUGCCCACUCCCCAAGGCAGUCUGCUGCAGUGAUGGCACCCAUUGUUGCCCCUCAGGAUAUACAUGUGAUGUCUCUUCUGGAGCGUGCAGUAAAGGAGCUGAGAAAAUUGCCUGGUUGCAGAAGAAGCCGGCUGUGGUGAAAGUGAAAGAGGUUGUCUGCCCUGAUCAGCAGUCUGAAUGCCCUGAUGGAAGCACAUGCUGCAAGCUCUCCUCUGGAGAAUACGGGUGCUGUCCUCUUCCGAAUGCGGUCUGUUGUAGUGAUGGUGUCCACUGUUGUCCAAAUGGUUAUACCUGCGACUCAUCAGCUGGGACCUGUGCCAAGGGAGCAAUACUGAUCUCAUGGAUGAAGAAGACUGUCGCCAAAGUCGCCCUGCCGCCAAGAAUCACUUGUCCAGAUGAGAGGUGGUCCUGUGGCGAUGGUACGACAUGCUGCAAGAUGAGCGAUGGUGGUUAUGGAUGUUGCCCUGUGAUAAAUGCAGUUUGCUGUGAUGAUCAUAUCCACUGCUGUCCCCACCAUACUACAUGUGACACCAAACUCGAAAGAUGUGUGGCCGGUGAUGGGUCAUCGCAACCAUGGUCGAAGAAAGCAAAGGCAGAAAAUGCCAUGUCCGCAGCUCCUGCUGCUGAAGGAAAUGUGAUGUGUCCAGAUGGUAUAUCAUAUUGCCUGAGUGGGCAAACAUGUUGUAAAACUGCCAUGGGGCGUUGGGCUUGUUGUCCCCUCCCGAAGGCUGUGUGUUGCUCUGAUCAUAUCCACUGCUGCCCCAAUGGUUACUCUUGCAACUCUGGCCAAUGUAACAGGGGCAUGCUGGAGAUGCCGUUGAUGAAGAAGGUCAAAGCGGUGCUCCGCAAAGAUCACGAUUGUGGCGGCAAUAUCACCUGCAUCCAGGAGAAUACUUGCUGCAUGAUGAAGACAGGUGCAAUGGGAUGCUGUCCAAUACCAAACGCUGUUUGUUGCCAAGAUGGCCUCCACUGUUGUCCAUCCGGUAUGAUGUGUGGGAAAGGUGACAAAAAAUGUGUCAAGAAAGAUGGAGCCGUUGAUGAGUCAUUCCCCCUAAAAAAUAAACACGACCAUCAGAAAGCAUUGUCCAAGCAAAUAUGUAGUCCGUACUCCGUUUGUGAUGAUGAUCAAACCUGCUGUAAAAGCGGUCAUGAGUGGAAAUGUUGUAAUCACAGAAAUGCGACAUGCUGUAGAGAUGGAAGACACUGCUGUCCAGAAGGUUCCAUCUGCAGUCAUGGUGGACAUUGCACCAAGAGACACAUCCUCCUCCCAUGACUACAGACCAGACAGAUACCUUGAUUUCUUCUUGAACAAAUAGGUUGCCUCAAAAAAUUAUAAUUCACUUGAUUGAUUCUCCAUUGAAGACGAGUAGUUUUUGCACAGUGGCCCAAUAGGACAGUGACAUUCACUUCUUAAGUCGAUUGUAGUAGUAUAAUCUCAUAUCACAACCAUGACAGCACUGCUGGGUAGAUCUCUGAAAAUUCAACCAGGUGAAUGAUAAUUUGGACAGUUUGUACUUGAUAACUCUGGAUAUUUGCAAAAAAUUGUAACAAUUUUCACUCCAGGUCGGGCUUUUUGUAAACGUGCUAUCAAAAUAUACAAUUGUAUGUGCUACCGGUAUUUAUAUUUUAACGGCUUUUUGUGAAGAGUUUAGAUACAAAAUUUGCUAAAACCAUUCUGGAAAAAAUGACAUUAUUGUGGCAAGGUGUAGGUAAUCGUACUUCUGAUCUAAAUACUAAUUAGUCCCGUCCAAAUCUCGAAAAUCCCAAAGUAAAUCAUGUGAAAAUGUCAAGAUGUGUUUACCCGAGUGACCAUUGCAUCACAAUGUGAUUCAGGAUCCUACGUCAUAUACAAAAUAUCAAGAGGUGGAGUAUAUUGAAAACAAUUGGUGCCAGGAUACCUUUUCAUUUGUAACCCACCACGACAAAAUCAGUCGCAUAUCGCGCAGAAGAUGAGCCUUAAAUGACACCAGGACAUAAUAGAAGAAAUUGAUGUCCUCGGAUGUCACAAAAGGCAAACAACAGUGAAAUGAACAACCAGUCCGUCUCACACUGUCGAGCUCUGAGCGACAUGCGACUUGUUUCUCCUUAUCUAUAUUUCUGCUUAGAUUGUGUUAUUCAACACCAGAUGGCGAAACUUCUUCACUUGUAGCUUAAUUACUUAUCUGCAGUUGCCCUAUAGCGAACACUGCAGUGAAGUUGAUAUACAUUCCAUGCCAAAGUUUGCCGAUCGCAACUGAAAUAAAUGCUUUUGUAAUCCAAUUGGUAUAUAUAUGGAUAAGAUUUAAAGGACGUGUGGAGAGAGGAGGAUGUACUGCCACUCAUGACUACUAUAGUAGUUGCAAGUCUAGAUACAUCCCGGGUUUUGAGCCAAUCAAGAUAUUUUCAGUAACAAUCAUUGGGCAAUUGCAAUUCCAUUCAUAUGCAGUUUCAGUGUGAAACAUGCAGAUAGGUUUUUAAAAAUCAUUAAAAAAACCAUGUGUGUCAAAUUUGGUGGACAUAUGGGCCCCAAUAACGGUAGACAUAUGGGCCCCAAUAAUGGUAGACAUAUGGGCCCCAAUAAUGGUAGACAUAUGGGCCCCAAUAAUGGUAGACAUAUGGGCCCCAAUAUGGCAGACAUAUGGGCCCCAAGACAAUGUUCAAAUCUAUACUAUAGGGUUCUAUCAGAGUAUAUGCGCAGUGAUCACUCAACAUUUUGUGCAAACUUGCUGAUGCUGUGUAUCUGUUGCUCUCUAAAAAUCAUGAGUGGUGGCCCCAGUAUAGUGAACCCUCGACUCCUUCUUUAAGAACGAAAAUCUCAUUUACCACAUACUUAAUCAGAACUGUACAUGUACGUUUUUAUAAAGCUUGAGUUUUUGUAAAAUUAGCACAGGGAAGAUGAGUCAUAAUGGAGAGAUGGGGGUAUAUAUUUCAUUAACUAGGAUUUCAUGCAAAUUGUUUGAUUGUUGUUUUGCCGUGGACUUGCACAGGCACUGUUCGGACUUACUUUGUAUUAUGACGCACUCCUCUGUGGCUAUGGUAAUUAUGUAUUUUCAAAAUAAAUAACUUUCAAUUAA